AUGAAUCAAAAUUCGCCUCAAAUUGUGAAAUAAGAUGAAAAAUAAAAUACGGAAGAUUAGAAUUCAAGCUUGAAAUGUUUGGGAAAGAGAAAAGCACAAAACUAAAGUGAUAAUGAUUUGAAUUAAGACAAAUUUGAAGAAUAAAAGUCAUAUUAGCAACCUAAAAGGAUUCAAAGAUAAAACAGAAUUCCUAUAUAAGACUAAGUUUGUAGUUUAGAAGUCUAAACAUAGUAAAUUUUUGAGACUCUCUCAGAGGAAGAAAUAAGAAAAGCUUUGUUCUACUUUGAGGACUAAAGCACUCUGCAUUUAAUUCACUUAAAUAAGGAAAGACUUGAAGUCUAAAAGAAAGAAAUAUUUUUUUCUGAAUGGUAUGAAUUAAAUGAGAAGAAUAAAGAAGGCUUCGCUUUUAUAAAUAUAGAAUUAAGAAACUAAAAUGGAGAAUUAGAGCUAAGGCAUCUAGUAAUGGGUCUCAGAAAAGGAUGUAGGGAGAUUUUAGAAUAUGAAAGAAGUACUGACACUGAGCAUGUUGUCUUUGAGCUUCUUAAAAACUUUCCGUUCAAUUCUGUAAUAACUGUAUACUAGGAUCAACUAAUAAUUACUGGGGGCGAAAAAGUUAAAAACUAAGAAGCAACAAAGUAUACAUUUAAAUUCAACCUAGAAAUUGAUCCAUAAACUAAUAGAGUAACCUUGUAACUUGAUUCACACUUCCCCAAUCUUUAAAAGAAUAGAUCAAAACAUAGUGCUUUUGUAUUGAAUGAUCAUUUAUUUGUUAUGUUUGGAAAUCAAAGUGGCUUUGAGUAUUACGAUCUUAAAGGAAGUCAAAGAGAAUUUAUCUAUGUUGAUUUUUACGUAAACUAUCAAUUCAUUAAGCCAUUAAUUGUUCCAAAGAUGUAGGAAUAGAUUAAAGGAAAUUAUAUUGAACAGGAGAUGCUAAUUUUAGGAGAAAGGUAAUUCAAAAAAACUAGGACAAAAAAUCUUCAUUUCUACUCAAUGAAAAUAAUUUUUACUGAGGUUAAUGGAAAUAAGAUUCCUUAAAUUAAGAUACAAGAGAAAUGCUAAGGACCUGAAAUAAUUGGAAAAUUUGCAUAAAAUAUACCUCAUAAAUACUAUUAUGAUGAAAUUGGACAAUGGUUGAUUAUUAAUGAAUUAGGACAACAAUUCAAUCUAGAUCCAAUCAAUUAUGAUAAAUUGAUUGAAAGAUAAAUUUAUGAGAUUUAAUGA